CAGGCUGUACGACGCGCAGGCGGAACAUCUCUGAACAGCAAACAACAAGCCAGCGGUUCUACAGACUGACACUUAUUCAACUUUAUUUCACUUGAAAGGCCUUUUAAAAACAUACUUUUUUAUAACUGUUUACACGGGCUUCUACCGGUUUGGGAUGUGACUUUUAGUGAGGACUUUUCGCCCAGGCGGAACAAUUGCUUUCCCGGUCAGACUUAUCUUGUGAUUGCUCACAUUUCAAAUCGAAGUCGUUAGUUUUUGAGGGACGACAGGUUCGUUACACUUUGAUGACAUUGUAAUACUUCUCUCAGUUACCUCUCGACCAUGGCGGAAGCAGCCCAGCAGCCACACCUGGUGGAAAUCGACCCUGAUUUUGAGCCUCUGUCUCGACCCCGGUCGUGCACUUGGCCCCUGCCCCGGCCGGAGUUCAUCAACCCGGGCGACUCCAACACAUCCUCGCCGGUGCCGUCUGUGAAGCAGGAGCCCGGCAGCAACGCAGAGUUCAUCAACAACCUGAGCCUGUUGGAGGAGAAUGAGGACUUCACGGAGCAGAAGCCUGUCAUCCUGUGCAAUGAUUUCCAGUGUCAGGAGAACUGCGUCCACCAGCAACCUCCACAUCAGCAGCAGCAGCAACAUCAUCAGCAUCAGCAGCAACACCCGAAUCCGCAACUCCCGCAUCAGCAGCAGCAGCAGCAGGUGCCUCUUCUCUCCACCCCGGUUGGCUCGUCGACCUCGGCGGCCGCGGCCGCUGCUGCAGCCGCUGCCCAGAGGAAGAGCAGCUCCUCCCGGCGAAACGCAUGGGGGAAUAUGUCAUAUGCAGACCUCAUUACCAAAGCUAUCGAAAGUUCUCCGGAGAACAGAUUAACUCUAUCUCAGAUUUAUGACUGGAUGGUGAAGAGUGUGCCUUAUUUCAAAGAUAAAGGAGACAGCAACAGCUCUGCGGGCUGGAAGAACUCCAUUAGGCACAACUUGUCCCUGCACAGCCGCUUCAUUCGCAUCCAGAAUGAGGGGACCGGGAAGAGCUCGUGGUGGAUGCUAAACCCUGAGGGUGGGAAGAGUGGAAAGUCCCCACGACGCAGGGCAGCCUCCAUGGACAACAACAGCAAGUUUGCUAAGAGCAGAGGAAGAGCGGCAAAGAAAAAGUUGUCCCUGCAGGGCGGCCCUGACGGAGGUGCAGACAGCCCAGGCUCCUAUUCCAAGUGGCCUGGCAGCCCCAACUCCCACAGCAACGACGACUAUGACGCAUGGAACAGCUUCAGGCCUCGGACUAGCUCCAACGCCAGCACUGUGAGCGGCCGCCUCUCACCCUUCAUGCCUGAGGAUGACCUGGGAGAAGCAGAUGUACACAUGGGUUACCCAGGAGCCCCGGGGGCAAAAAUGACAGCCACACUGCCCAGUCUUACAGAGAUGACAGCCUCUCUGGGACACAGUUCUGAAAACGUCAUGGAGAACCUUCUGGAUAACCUGAACUUGCUCUCACCCAAUAACUCACAGGUUGGAGGAGGGCCAACAACCCCUGGCUCCUCCCAGUCGUCCCCGUCCCCUAUGAUGCAGCCAAGCCCUGGGUACCCAGCAUACAGCUCCCCUGGCAUGGCUUCACAGUCACAGCAGGAGUACCACAAAUGUGUGUACGGUCAAGCAGGAAUGAACGCCAUGUCAUCCAUGCCGCUGCAGACUCUGUCAGAGAAUAAGCCCGGCUUUGGGCCCAGCAUGGGCCAGUACAGCUGCCCUGCAGGGCUUCUGAAGGAGCUGCUGACAUCAGACACUGACCAGCAUGGAGAGCUCAUGCCAUCAGUGGACACAGUGGUGUCUCAGUCCAGCGGAGGCUGCAUGUUGCCUCCAUACAGCAGCAGCCAGCAUGCAGCCAAACUCAUGGCAGGAGGGAAUGGUCACCCUCAUGGUCUUUCUCAUUCCCACCCCCACAAUGUACGCAGCCAAGCCCCGGCUACAUUACCAGCUAUGAAUGGUCGCUUGCUCAUGUCUUUGAGCUACAGUGGUGGAAACUCACGUUUGCCUACAGCUAAAAGCCCCAUGCAGAUGCCUUAUGGCCUCUCCAGCCACCUCAGUGGGGGAGGCAUGCCUGGUGGCUUUGGCCCACUUAACACCAACGGAUACGGUCGGCCGGGCAUGUCAGCACCUUCACAUGCAGAGAAACUGCCCAGUGACUUGGAUGACAUGUCCAUUGAGAAGUUUGAGUUUGACAUGGAGACAGUGCUCCAUGAAACUCUCAUGGAUGGAGAUUCACUGGACUUCAACUUUGAGCCAGUGGUGACCCAGCAAAGUUUCCCUCAUGGGGUGAAGACCACCACACACAGCUGGGUGUCUGGAUAGAACUUGUAAUGCAGAAAGAGUUCUACUCAACUCACUUAGUGUUAACUGUUUGGUAAAAGACUCAAACUGAGAUCACUUGGGACUUAAAAUCUCCUCAUCCCAGCAGCAUCUGCAGGUGUAUUUCAGCAACAUUCCUGUUUCAAACAUAUUUCUCAGAUCAGAUGACUUCAGCAGACUGAGAUUGGUCGUGACCUGCUCUGGACAAAUCACAGUCAGAUGACCUAAGGAUUUUUUCUCAACUAUCAAAGUCUGUAAAAGUGCCAAACAUUUUGCCUUAACAAAAGAGCCAAACUGAAACACACAUUUCUGGUUUACACACAGAAGUUACAGAUGCUUUGCAGUAGUUGAAUACUCAACUUUUGCUAGUGACACUGCCAAAUACAUCUCAACAUCAUCACCAUCAGCAGCAGCACAAACCCAAACUGUUUACUGUGUGUCGUCAAUCAAGCUUUUUUAUGUACAAGUAAUAACUGAUUACCGCUCUGAAAGAAAGACGAAGGUAAUCUGGCUCAUAUAUUUGUGGACUGACAUGCUCUUAGGUGAGCGACAUCUCAAAGGAUUUUUGCAUGAUGUUACAUAAUACCAUACUUCUUACAUGAAUGUACAUAGUAAAAUCGUACAGUUUGUAAAAUCAGGUCUCUUGUUGUGUAUUUUUUAUGUUUGUAAAUAGUGUUUACAGAAUGGAAGCAAAAAUUAAGCCAGCAUAGAAAUGCUCAGAGAGAAAACUGGAUCAGAUUCAUUUUAACAUCUUUGGUAGAAAAGUCAGUCAGGCUGUAAAUUUCCUGAUUUUCCUUUUUUUUUGUACAUACAUUAAGAAUGUCUAUUAAAAGGAUGUAGUAGAUGUUUACUAGAUUUAGCAUAUAUUUGAGACCUAAGUUAUUUGUGGUUAAUAUAGAUUUAUGUUGGUGCAUAAGCAGCACCCAGACAGCAGAAUUGUUCUGUGUGUUUGUCACUCUGUACCUUAAUACCACAGGGGCCUAUUUAUUGUGCCUAACAAAGUAGGUUUUGACUGCCGGCUUGAAGGGUUUUACCAUUGUAAAUGAUUACGGUCCAGAAGAUACUCAAAUCCAGCAGUCUUGAAGAAGAGAACUCUUCUGUAGAACAUGAAAGUGUAAAUUGUUAUUGUUAAGAUUUCCUGAACACAUUUCGGUGCCGUGAAUGUUACAAGGUCGAAGCGGUUUGGAUAGAAGAUAUUUUCAGUGCUGGUGUUGUUUUCAUGCGAGUAACCAGCACAUGCCCUGUUAAAGUUUCAGAGCUUUUCAUCGCUUCUUUGUCUCAAAUGUUUGUAUGACUGAUGAUUCCUUUUUUUCCCAAAGGACACCGCUGAUGCUGUCUCAAAGAACAGCUUUACUGCUUUCAGUCUCCCUCCUACCUCUGCCUGCCAUUGGCUUUUCAAACAUUUAUGAUGGCGUCUUAACAGCUUUUUUUUUUUUUUUUAAUAACAAGCCUUUUAAUAUGAUUUAGUUUUCUCUAAAAAGCGCCACUAAGUGUUAAGUAUCUGAUCUUAGCUUGUAUAUUUGCAUAUGAAACUUGCUUUUCCCUCCUAAUGAUAUCCCAACAGAUUUUUUUAGCCUGAUAAUGAACUAUUAAAUGGAGUCUAAAAUAUGAAGACAUGUCUGAAAACAUGACUGCUUCCAAUUAAAUUAAUUUGUCUAAUGGCUGAAGACCAAGUAGCUUAGAGAUAAAAAAAAAAAAAAAAGAAUUACCAAAAAUUGCUUAUUAAUUACUUAAUGUUUAAUGUAUAAUUUAUCUGGAAACCAUAUUUAUCAGCAGGUAAUCCAGUGCUAUCAAGGACUCAGAGCAUGCAGGUUUUUGUUUAAGCCAUACAGCAAUUUAAUAGUGCAGAAAAAAGCCGUCAUUACUUCUGUCUUCUGGUUGAAAUGAAAACUUCCAUACUCUGGACCAAAUGACCUGAUUCAGCUGACGUAGAUUUAAAGAAAACUGUUAAAGAAGAGUAAAAUGAAAUUCUUACUAUUUCAAAAAAAGGCAGAGGGGACAUUAAAUAAGCUGCUGUUGUUUGGCUUUGUUGCCAGGUGUUGCCUUUUCUUACCCAAACAUGCCAUAGUGUACUAUAGCCAAAUUUGCCUUUAAAAAUAAAAGCGAUAUAUUUAGCGUUUUUAUCAUGUGAUGUGCUCAGAAUUAUACAUAUAUAUAUAUAUAUUUGUGCCGGUCACUCAAGUCAGAGUUAACUGUAAUGAAUCCUUGUAGGUUUACUCUAAAAGUUAAAGAGCUGUACUAAGUAAAUUAUAUCUACAUUUUCAAAUGAUUGAAUCUAUGCAUUUAAUCCUUAAAUCUAUGUUGCGAUUCUUAUAUUUCUUGUUUUCCUUGAACUUUCAACAGAUAUUUUAUUGUAAUAUAGAACUGUAAGAUGGUAUGGUGUUGUCAUUGUCCAAACUAUGUUUCGGAUCGUUAUAUGGGGGAAAAAAUGAAGUUUAUUUAGAAAAUAGAUGAUGCGGUGAUUCAUGCGCUAAGCUUUUGUUAACUAAUAAUGUUCUUUUUCUUGUAUUCAGCUACGGUUUUUAGAAAAUAGCAGUAAAAAACAAAUCACAAAAAAAAAAAAAAAAA